GUCACAUGCAACAUUGACAGGAAACUGACUAGAAGACAGCAGGGGAACUUGAGAACUUGGUUGUUUUCAGCAGAUUAAAACAACACAGAUUUAUCAGCAAGACUGUUGAACACAUAACUGCCCAAGAUGCCCGUCCCGCCCCCUCCAGCGCCUCCACCGCCCCCGACACUUGCACUGGCCAAUACAGAGAAGCCUACCCUGAAUAAGACAGAGCAGGCUGGGAGAAAUGCUCUCCUCUCUGAUAUCAACAAAGGGAAGAAACUAAAGAAGACGGUCACCAAUGACAGAAGUGCACCGAUAUUGGACAAACCUAAAGGAGCUGGCACUGGUGGCAGUGGUGGCUUUGGUGGGGGCAGUGGAUUUGGCGGAGGAGGUGGCAGUGGUGGUGGUGGUGGCAGCAGCAGUGGAAGUUUUGGAGGGGGUGGACCUCCUGGUUUGGGAGGACUGUUCCAGUCUGGAAUGCCGAAGCUGAGAUCCACGGCCAACAGGGAUAAUGAUUCUGGAGGAAGCCGACCACCAAUUUUGCCCCCAGGAGGAAGAGCCACAUCUGCCAAACCCUUUUCACCCCCAAGCUGCCCAGGGAGGUUUCCUGUGCCUUCUCCAGGCCACAGAAGCGGCCCCCCAGAGCCUCAGAGGAAUCGAAUGCCUCCGCCAAGACCCGACGUGGGCGCAAAGCCCGAGAGCAUUCCCCCUCCAGUACCCAGUACUCCGAGACCCAUUCAAUCAAGUCUGCACAACCGGGGGUCCCCACCUGUGCCUGGGACCCCCAGGCAGCCCAGUCCCGGGCCCACUCCUCCCCCUUACCUUGGAAACCGAGGCACUGCUUUUGGAGGAGGCUCCAUCCGUCAGACCCCUCCGGGCUCCUCCUCGCCCUUCUCCAACAGGCCUCCCCUGCCUCCGACCCCAAGCAGGGCCCUGGAUGACAAGCCCCCUCCCCCACCUCCUCCGGUGGGCAACAGGCCCUCCAUCCACAGGGAAGUGGUGCCACACCCUCCUCCUCAGAACAACAAGCCUCCAGUGCCUUCCACUCCGCGGCCUUCUUCCUCCUCGCAGGCCCCACCUCCUCCUCCACCACCCAGCAGACCCGGGCCUCCUCCCCUGCCUCCAGGCUCCAGCGGCGGUGACGAAAUCCCCAGGCUCCCACAGCGGAAUCUGUCCCUCACUUCGUCAGCACCUCCCUUGCCUUCACCAGGACGCUCAGGUCCUCUUCCUCCCCCACCCAGCGAGAGACCCCCUCCUCCAGUGAGGGACCCACCAGGCCGAUCAGGCCCACUUCCACUCCCUCCUCCAAUCAGCAGAAAUGGCAGCACGUCUCGGGCCCUGCCUGCCACCCCUCAGCUGCCAUCCAGGAGUGGAGUGGAUAGUCCCAGGAGUGGACCCAGGCCUCCCCUUCCCCCUGACAGGCCUGGUACUGGGGCACCUCCCCCACCUCCACCAUCAACAUCAAUUAGGAAUGGCUUCCAGGACUCUCCAUGUGAAGAUGAGUGGGAAAGCAGAUUCUACUUCCAUCCGAUCUCCGAUUUGCCACCUCCAGAGCCAUAUGUACCCACGACAAAAAGUUAUCCCAGUAAAUUGGCAAGAAACGAAAGCCGGAGUGGAUCCAACCGAAGAGAAAGGGGUGCUCCCCCUCUUCCUCCCAUCCCAAGGUGAUCUCUGCCUGCUCCUCUUCCAAGCUCAAGAGCUGCUUCUGUUGUUGCUGUCGGAAAAUUGCACACCCUCCUCCCCCUUUCUUCCCUUGUCCCCUUCACACUGGCAGGGGGAAAGAAGUGAGGGUGAGUGGGACUAUGCGUGUGUGGGGGUGGGAAUCCAGUAAAGAAACGCACCUAGCUUUUUAUAUUGUGUAGAUUCUCCAAGCUACUGCUGGCUUCAGCUGCAGCCGGCCUGUGUAGACUGCUGGGGUCGAUAGGCUUUUGUGGCAAAUAGGCAGAGAUUAAUUGUAUCUCAGCUUCCAGCUUACCAAAUUCAGGCAUUCAUUGCUUAUU